UUUAAAACGAAUCGUUCGAUUAGAAAUUGAAAAGUUAACAAAUCUCCGAUGAUUGGUUACUUUAUAAUUACUGGAUUCGCGGCUGCAACAUUAGCCCUUUCAACGUGUAACCUGAAAAAGGUCCGAAAACCACCUCCAGCGACACCUGCAAAGCCUCCAGCUCCCCAGAAAACUCUAAAAGUGGCUCCGCGAGCAGCACCUCCAAGGAAGAAAAAGGAAAUUUUUCUCGAAGAGCACACACCUCCCUCGACGGAUACUGACGAAGUUUCGACAAUUCCCCCGGCCGAGCAGAUACGAAUUGUGGAAAAUCACAGGAGACGAAUUGGUGUCAGACCUCGAGCCGGAAAUCGUGUCUAUAAGAAAACGCCGAGCUCUGAAUUAGUGAAAGUGGAAAACAAAAAGUCUGUUGAAAAGAAUUGCAAGGUGGUCAAGACAGAGAGUGGAGAGGCUGAAGCUUGUGAGAAGAAGGAGGACAAGAGGAACGUCGAGAAGAACAAGAAAAAAGAAAAGGAGAGCAAGGAAAAAUCGAAAAAUUGCUACGAAAAGAAGGAGCUCAAGAAAAACGGUUCUGAGUCAUAUGCCUAUAAGGUUUGAUUAAGAAUGAAUGAUUGUGUCUA